AUGUCUGAUCCGAAUGGUGCUGGGGACGGAGCAGGAGAUGCUGCUUCGGUUUUCGACGCCAAACUGGAAGAAGAACAGUGCCGUGCUGGCAGCAUCGUUCUAUUCAGAAGGGCUCGCACGCAGGUAAAAUUUUCGUCGAGCAGUGAUGAAUCUGAAGCAGCAGAGGUGUUUCCACGAGAGACAUGUAAGAAACUGCGCGCGCAGGUGCGCGCCCUCAGCACCGAGAACUGCCAACUACGUCGCAGCGUCGAGCAGCUGCGUCACCACGCCAGCGCGCCGGCCACCGCUGCUCCCACCAGGGGCAGCAAGAGGGCGGAGCCGCCGCGGCUCGCGUCUGAGGUGGCGGCCGCGCAGGUCAGCGAGCUGAGCCGCCGGCUGCGCGACAUGUGCGCAGAGCUCGAGGCCACCAGGAACCGCCAGCGCGCCGCCGAGGACAAGGUGUCGUCGCUGACAGCGGAGGUGGAGCGCUUGCGGUGCGCCCCGCCCCCGCCGACGCCGGCGGCGGCAGCGGAGGGCGAGGGCGCGGCCAGCCCGGAGGAGCAGGUGCGCCAGCUGGCGGAGCGGCUGUCCGCCACCAACGCCAAGCUGUGCGACAGCCGCAGCCAGUGCGCGCAGCUGCGCAGGGACCUGCAGCUGGCGCAGCGCGCGCUCGCCAACGAGGUCCUAGAUGAGUGUGUUUGGCAGGUGGGGGAGGCGGUGGCAGUGUCUCAGCUGGGGUCGUUCCGCGGGCGCGCGCAGCAGAUCCUGCAGCUGCAGCGGCGCGUGGCGGAGCUCCAGGACAGGCUGUCUCAGCAGCAGCAGCAGCAGCCGGGGCAGGCCGCCUCCAGCAGCGGAGACCACGGCGUCAGCCCGGCGCAGAGCCAGCUACUGCAGCAGAUGGAAAAGGAACGGCGGGCGGCGCACGAGCAGACGGUGACGUCGCUGCGCGAGACGCAGCUCCAGCUGGAGGACUCCAGGAGGCGGCUGGAGGGGCAGCGCGCCCGCACCAAGGUGCUGGAGGCGGAGCUGCGCGACCUCAAGCAGAAGAUGACAGUACUGCUGGAGAAAGGCGAGCACGACAACCAGCUGGUGGCGGCGCUGACAGCGCAGCUGCGGUCAGCAGAGGAGGCAGCGGAGGACAAGCGGGCGCUGCUGUCGGUGGAGGCUGAGCGCAUGCGCGAGCGCGGCAGGCAGUUGGAGGACGACCUAGCAGCGCUCAGGGCGCAGCUGGCCACGCAGACGGCGCAGCUGGCGCAGAAGGACAGGCUGGUCGAGCAGCUGCAGCUGCGCCUGGACCAGCUGGACCAGCCCAAAAUGGCAUCGUCGAAGUCAUUAACAGAUGACGAGUUGGAAAGAGUAGUGAAUGAUCCUGCGUUUUUGAAAUAUGAUGAGGAGAGCACAGCAGAUACGGAUGAAUUUGUACUAAGUGAUCAUGAUUCCACCUCUAAAGUUACAUCAGAAAGUAGUUGUGAAGAGUCAGAUGAACAGGCGGUGGAGGGCAGCGUGUGCGGCAGCCCUCGCAGCGCGCCCUCGGAGUGCGGCUCGGGCAGCUACGCGCCGGCGCUGCAGGCGGCCGAGGCGGAGCGCCGCCGCCUGCUGGAGCUGGUGGCCGUGCUGCACACGCGCAUGGACGAGCGCGAGCAGGCAGCCGCGCAGGCCGACGCCCGCUGGCGCCAGGAGCGCGCGCGCGCCGCCCAGCUGCAGACCAAGCUGGAGUUGCUGCAGGAGGAGGUGGCGCUGCUGCGCACCAGGGUGGACGUGCUGCGCAGGGAGAAGGAGGACGACCGCGCCAAAUACCUGUCGCUGCUGCAGCGCUCCUGGGACCAGGAGCAGCGAAGUGAAGUAGCACCAUCGAGCAGCUACAGCCAUAGCCCUGGGCCGCAGCGGCGCAGCAGUGUGCAACAGCAGUCUGUCAGCGGCAGCGUGCUGCAGCAGCCAGUCAGCAGCAGCAGCAGCAGCAGCGGCAGCAGCAGUGUGAGCAGCAGCCGUGGCAGCAGGCGCAGCAGUGUGCCCCGCAGAGCUCGCAGCCAGGCGCCGCCUCCCCGCUGA